AUGAAAGUAGAAACUUUAGUUAUGAAAAUAAUAGAAGCUAUUGAAACAGCUUACCCAACUGUAAUAACUUUCAAUGGUAAAAAAAUCAGCAUAACUAAAAACCUUAUUGAUAAAUACAAAUAUUGUAAAGUCAGAGACGAUAUAGACUUAGAAAGAAUUGACGCGAACGCAAAAGAAGAUGGAUUUUUACAUUUCCUACUACCUUUAAUAUUUGAUGGUAUUGCAGCGGCGGGUGCAGCAACUGGUGGAAUAUCUGCCGCAGUCAAAUCUGCCAACGCAAAGAAAGCAGCUGAUGCUAAAGCCGCUGAAGAACGCAGACAUAAUUUAAUAAUGGAAAAGGAAGCCAAAGGUUCGGGAGUGGGAAAUAUGAUAGGCACAAUAAAAGAAUUUGGAAAAAGAUUUGGGGAAGAAACCAAGAAAACUGUUAAACAAGGAUUAAAUAAAUUAGUAGAUAGUAUUGACACAGGAGAAGUCAAAGUUAAACAUAAGGGUAAUGGGCUAUUUUUUAAAAAUAUACACACUGGAGAAGGAUUAUUUCUUUCAAAGUAUAAAAAGAAGGAGUGA